AUGCUCCUAAGACUCCUUCUACGCUUUGUGAGAAGCCAAAACCAAAAACUAGAACCCACUCAUUCUCCAUAUUAUUACAAAUCUCCACCACCACCACCACCCACGUACUUGUACAAGUCUCCCCCUCCACCUGUUAAGUAUUAUCCAGUAUAUCACUAUACAUCACCCCCACCCCCUAAGAAAUCACCACUUCCUCCAUACCACUACACAUCACCCCCACCACCUAAGAAAUCACCACCUCCCCCAUACCAUUACACAUCUCCUCCCCCACCAGUUAAAUCUCAACCACCACCAUACCAUUACACUUCCCCUCCACCACCAGUGAAGUCUCCUCCCAAGUACCACUAUACAUCACCCCCACUACUAAAGAAAUCACCACCUCCACCUUACCAUUACACUUCACCACCACCACCAGUGAAAUCUCCAUCACCAACAUACCAUUACACUUCACCACCACCAUCGGUGAAGUCACCACCCCCACCUUAUCACUACACAUCACCUCCACCAUCAGUGAAAUCUCCACCACCACCAUACCACUACGCAUCACCUCCACCUCCUGUUAAGUCACCACCUCCUCCAUACCACUAUACAUCACCUCCACCACCGGUGAAAUCUCCUCCUCCACCAUAUCACUACACUUCACCACCCCCACCCAUGAAAUCUCCACCACCACCAUACCAUUACUCUUCACCUCCCCCACCCGUAAAAUCCCCUCCACCACCAUACCAUUACUCAUCACCACCACCACCGUUGAAUCUCCACCCCCACCAUACCACUAAGUUCACCUCCUCCACCGGUAAAAUCCCCACCACCACCACCAUACCACUACACAUCACCCCCACCCCCUGUGAAAUCUCCACCACCCCCAUACCACUAUACCUCCCCUCCACCACCAAUUAA